CCCACAACCACGGUCACCACUGACCACAUCCAACAGUAUUUGGAUGAGAACAAAUCAUUGAUUCUGAAGAUUGUUGAGAGCCAAAACUCCGGUAAACUCAACGAGUGUGCUGAGAACCAAGCAAGGCUUCAAAGAAACCUAAUGUAUCUGGCUGCAAUAGCUGAUUCACAGCCUCAACCUCCUAGCAUGCACCAUCCUCAGUUUGCUUCGGGAGGGGGGAUGAUGCAGUCCGGACCACACUACUUGCAACACCAGCAGGUGCACCAGCAAAUCUCCACCGCCCAAUCUCUCAUGGCGGCACGCUCACCUAUGCUCUACGCUCAGCAGUCCAUGUCAGCACCGCACCACCAGCAGGCUGCAGCCCUGCACGGCCACCUCGGGAUGAGUUCCGGUGCCACCGGUGGGCUCCACAUUCUCCCGAGCGAGGCUCACAAUGCCGCGGGCUAUGCUGACUUCGCCCGCGGCUUGGGUGGCGGGAGCAAGAACGAAUUCGGUGGCUCUCUUUCAAUGGACGGGCGGAGCGGAAGCUCCGGCGGAGAUGGCGGGGAGACGCUCUACUUGAAAUCCGGCGAUGAUGGGAACUAAGGAGGAAGGCAUGCAUGCAUGCAUGCAUGAUUAGUGAUGACAAUAGCGCUAGGAAAGAGAUGGUUUACUUUGUGUUAUGUGUUAAUUAAGGGCUACAUGCUUUAUUAAUUGUCAUUAGGAGGAAUGUUUAACUUUUAGCUUGGAGCUGUAGUUGUGACUUGUGAGAGAAUGAAACAACUUGCUUGUAUGCUAGCUUAUGGACUCCUUAGUACUUAUGUAAAGGGUUAUUAUUAAGUGAACUAAUUAUAUUAUUAAUGCUCUUAAUUUAUAGUUGGGACUAUAUAAAUGUAUGUGAGUAUGUGACUAAAUUAGGUUUCAUUUGUUUUCCACCUUCAAGCUAAUUACUUCAGCUGUCUUUCUCCG